AUGUCUCAGCAGUUGUAUCUGAGAACCUCACAAUGCCAAGUUUUGAAUUUUGAACCCAAAAUCCACAAGGACUCCAUCCCACUCAGACCCAUUGUAAGUGCCAUUGGAUCGCCGACUUACAACCUGGCAAAAUUUCUGGCUACACAGCUACAAACCCACAUUGGGCUCACUGCACAUUAUAUCAAGGACUCUACACACUUUAUAGAAAAGAUCAGCAACCUCAAUCUAAGCACCAAGGACAUCCUGAUCAGCUUUGAUGUGGUGUCCCUUUUUACCAAAGUCCCAGUAGCUGACACCCUCACACUAAUCAAACAAAACUUCCCAGAAGACAUCACAGCCCUGUUUCACCAUUGCCUCACCACUAGCUACUUUCAGUGGGACACUGGAUUCUAUGAACAGAAGGAUGGAGUGGCCAUGGGGAGCCCUCUCAGCCCAGUAGUAGCAAAUUUCUAUAUGGAAUACUUUGAAAAACAGGCCCUAGAAACAGCACCAAAAAAGCCAACUGUUUGGUUCAGAUACAUAGAUGACACCUUCACAAUUUGGAGCCAUGGAGAGGAAGAACUCAGCAAGUUCCUGGACCAUCUUAACAGCAUCCACCCAAACAUCCAAUUCACCAUGGAAAAAGAAAAGGAAGGAAAACUGCCAUUUCUAGAUGUUCUGGUCAUCCGCAAACCCAAUCAACAAUUGGGCCACACAGUUUACAGAAAACCUACACACACAGAUAGAUACCUUCAUAAAAAUUCCAACCAUCACCCAAGUCAAAAAAGGAGCACAAUCAAAGCCCUGACAGACCGUGCACAAAGAAUCUGCGAACCUCACCUCCUCCAAGGUGAACUCAACCACCUAAACUGGGCUCUACAGGCCAAUGGAUACUCAACCACAGACAUCAGAAGAGCUGCAAGGCCAAGAACAAGCCAUGAGAGUCAAGACAAAGAUCCACCCAGAGGAAAGGUGUUCUUACCAUACAUCAAGGGAACCACUGACCGCAUAGGGAAGCUGAUGAAGAAGCACAACCUACAAACUAUCUACAGACCCACGAAGAAAAUCCAACAAAUGCUACGGUCAGUGAAGGACAAGAGGGAUCCUCUCUCUUCUGCAGGAGUCUACCGGAUACCAUGCAGCUGUGGACAAGUCUACAUAGGGACCACCAAACGCAGCGCCCAAACAAGAGUCAAAGAACAUGAAAGGCACUGCAGACUAAUUCAACCAGAGAAAUCAGCCAUAGCAGAGCAUUUGAUGAACCAGCCUGGACACAGAAUACUAUUUGAGAACACAAAAAUGCUGGACCAUUCUAACAACUAUCAUGUCAGACUACACAGAGAAGCCAUUGAAAUCCACAAGCAUGUGGACAACUUCAACAGAAAGGAAGAAACCAUGAAAAUGAACAAAAUCUGGCUACCAGUAUUAAAAAACUCAAAAAUCAGAACAGUAAAUAAAAAGCAAUACUCUGAAAACAGAGGAUUUCCAGACAUGAAUCAACCAAGGGCAGUUAACGACUCUAAACAAAGGAUGCCCCAGAGGCAGGAAGAAGACAGCAGAUAAGCUUUUCAAUGCUAAUUAAAGUGAUUAACUACACAACAUUCACAAUGACCUCUCUCACCCUAGACUUUCCACAGAUAUAUAUUAACCUCUUUGCUUAGUUUUCUCCAUACCUCACAACCUCUGAGGAUGCCUGCCAUAGAUGUGGGCGAAACGUCAGGAGAGAAUGCUUCUGGAACAUGGCCACACAGCCCGAAAGACAUACAACAACCCAGUUUUGAAUUUGUUUUUCAUUAUGUAUACAAUGCUCUGUAGCAACUUCCACAUGGAUUUCAUGUAAUGCUUCGGAUUAUUCCUCUUCUUAGGGUUCAGCUACACUAUAGAAUUAAUGCAGUUUGACAUCACUUAUAACUGCCAUGGCUCAAUGCUAUAGAAUAAUGAGAAUUGUAGUUUGAUGAGUCACCAGCACACUUUAGUAGUUCUGGAAAAACUACAACUCUUAUUAUUCCAUAUCAUUGAGCCAUGGCAGUUAAAGUGCAUGAAUGGUGCAAGCACAACCUCAUAAUACACAUCAAUACAGAUUUCUUCAGAGUAGUACAGUUCCUAUUACUUCCCAACUCAGAUAUUGGCCCUUCAAUGUAAUACUCCCAUGUAGGAGUAUUACAAGAAGUGUGGAUGUUUUCCUAUCCUGCCUUUGUCGAAUACUAUAUUUACAUGGUGAUAAUAGAAAUCAUCUUGCUCAUCUUUGUAGAAAGUUGUAGAACCUGUUUGAUAAAACAUUUGGAGCACAAGAGUAUCAUGAGGUUUUAGGUUUACUUAAAUUUCUAAACUAUUGUUUUAAAACUCUUUUCAAGUUAUUCCAGUGGGACUAAGUUUGUGCUAUAAAUAAGAGCUGUUUGACAGUGAAAUGUGCUGGCUUUGAGUGUGGUGGAGUUUCCUUCUUUGGAGGUUUUAAAAAUAGAGGCUGGAUGGCCAUUGAUCGGGAGUGCUUUGAUUGUGUAUUCCUCCAUGGUCGAGGAUUGAACUGGAUGGCCCUUGGGGUUUCUUCCAACUCCAUGAUUCUUGGAAAUCAUUGUUUCAGAUUACUGUAAGCAACAAGGUACUAGGACUCAGAUUAUAUUCCUUAUCAGGCACUCAAUGCUUUAAAAAAAACCAAUAUUCAUGUUUGUUUAUGUACAGGCAGUGCCACUAAUGGGCACUGACUAAAAUUAAUUUGCAUAUGCAUAUGGUUUAAUGCAGGCUUGACUUUUAUAAAAGGAGCAGGUGCAAAAAGUUGUACUGUAGUGUUUUGUUUUGUUGCCUGAUGGUAGGACUGUUUUGUAAACAACCUAUGCAUAGACCUCGGGGAACUGCCAGCUGCUCUGUUCAGGUUCCCUGUAGACAUUUUGACAAAGUGGGGAUUGUUGAAAAUAGAAAGUAAACAAGAAAAUAAGUUAUAUUUGAUCAUCUUCUAACAUGUUUGAAAACACGUUGUUUUUGAGGACUGAUUCCCAGACAUGCACUUAAAUCUGAUUUGAGAUUCCACCUGCUCCAUGUAGUUGACUGUUGUUUUAAACAAACUUUCAGAGUUGACAAGAAGGAUUAUAUUUAUCAAGUAGAUUGGCAUACUUUUUGAAUGUUAAAUCAGAAUUGUGCCCUCUUUUGCCCAAUGAUAUAAAAGCUAGCAAUACUUUAUUUCAAGUCAUUUUGAGAACAUAAUGUCUAAUUUCUUUUCUACUUGUUUUUAUUUUAACAAAUGCAUGCUCAAUACCCAUCCUCUUAAAGCUGCAAGCUGAUUUUGGAAUGGAGAGGCAUUGUUUUAUGCUCAUAGAGAAAAUUGCCUUUUAGUCCCACCUGCUGUUUACACCUCUUCAUGACAAAAUUCUAUUGAUAACACAUUAAAGUGAUCACUUUUCCUAUGGAUAGGAAAGAAAUAUAGUGUUACUAUGAUUUAUUUAUACUUGCUAGUAUAUUUUUAAGAGAAAGCAUCAAGGUUAGUGUAACUGGUGUGCUGGUUUAUAAUAUAUAAUAGGUUUACAUUUAUUUUAGCUUUUAAAAAGUACUGUUUUAAAGUUUUAAAGCUGAUUGUUAUUUAAGGCCUUUUAAAUUGUAUUACAGAAUGAUUUAAUAUUAGCCACUUGUGGUCACAAAUUGGAGAAAAAUGGGAUAAAAAUAAAAUAAAUACAUACAUAAAAUAAUACAGACCCGAAUCAGUGUUUUGUUGGUUAAAUACUUGCUUUUGGAGCACUUUAAAAUAAAUUGUUAUGUGCAUUCUUUUCUUCAAAGGUUUAGUGAGCCAACAUUUUUUUCAGUAUAUGGUUCAGUGUACACAAAUUUUGUUUCAUACAUAAAAUGGUUAAAACAUUGUAUAAUAUUAUGUUUAGACUAUGUGUAUAGAAUGAAUAUGAAACAUCAUUGAAUUUUAUAUUUAGACUUAGGUUACAUCUCCAGAAUAUCUCAUUAUCUGAAAUCCAAAACACCUCUGAUCCCAAACAUUUCUGAUAAGGAAUAUUCAUUGUGUAUUGGAUUCCAUCCAGACUUUGCUUCCAUGAAAAUCAUUGCUUGGCCUUUUCAUAUUGGCUUCUGUGGGCGCUAAAUGUGACCAAUUUAUUCUGGACCCAGCCUAUUGACAGGGUGAGUGAUUUUGAAGACAUUUAAAAUACUAGUUCUGUUUAUAAUAAUACUACAAUAAUUAUUUUGCCUUGUCUUUGGGAACUAUUAGCUUCUUAUGAAGGAAACCAAUCCAUGAAACACUUUGACCUAGAAGUUUUU